AGGACACCCAGCAACAUGGAGACCAAGAACCACAGCAGCACCUCCGGCUUCAUCCUCCUGGGCCUCUCUGCCAACCCACAGCUGCAGAAACCCCUCUUCGGCAUCUUCCUCCUCAUGUACCUGGUCACUGUGCUGGGAAAUGUGCUCAUCAUCCUGGCCAUCCGCUGCGACUCCAGGCUCCACACACCCAUGUACUUUUUCCUCAGCAAUUUGUCCUUCAUGGAUAUCUGCUUCACCACAGUCAUUGUGCCCAAGAUGCUGGCAAAUUUGCAAUCAGAGACAAAGUUCAUCUCCUACGUGGGGUGUUUGGUCCAAAUGUACUUCUUCAUGGCUUUUGGAAAUACUGACAGCUACCUGCUGGCUUCUAUGGCCAUUGACCGGCUGGUAGCCAUCUGCAACCCUUUCCACUAUGAUGUGGUUAUGAACCCACGACGCUGCCUCCUCAUGCUGCUGGGUUCUUGCACCAUCUCCCACCUGCAUUCGCUGCUCCGUGUGGUGCUCAUGUCUCACCUGUCCUUUUGUGCCUCGCAUGUCAUUAAGCACUUUUUCUGUGACACCCAGCCUGUACUGAAGCUGUCCUGCUCCGACACAUCCUCCAGCCAGGUUGUGGUCAUGACCGAGACCCUGGCUGUCAUCGUGACCCCUUUCCUGUGCAUCCUCUUCUCCUACCUGCGCAUCAUCAUCACAGUGCUCAGAAUCCCCUCGGCAGCUGGCAAGUGGAAGGCCUUCUCCACCUGUGGCUCCCACCUCACCGUGGUGGCCCUGUUCUAUGGCAGUGUCAUCUAUGUCUACUUCAGGCCCCUGUCCAUGUACUCGGUGGUGAAGGACCGGGUGGCCACCGUCAUGUACACAGUGGUGACACCCAUGUUGAACCCUUUCAUCUACAGUCUGAGGAACAAAGACAUGAAGAGAGGUUUGAGGAAAUUACGGGACACAGUUCACUUACCGUAGGAACAGAGUGAUGGGCUACCAUACUUGAGAAAGUGUU